AUGCUGGAGAGGCUCCCGCCCGAUGGCAAACACGUUGCCAACACUCUAGGUGUCCAUGAGUCAUUCCUCGCACGAGCCAUCCAGGGGAGGGUCCCCGAGAGGACCAGCGAGCAGCGAGAGAGGCUGCGCAUCCACCGUCGAUUCUUCACUGCUCUAGCCCUUCACAAUUUAGUUCACGAAGCCCCCAUAGUCUACGUGGCUGGGAAAUACGGAGUGAGCAAAGGGCUUCUGCAGACUCUCCAGAGUGCUGCCGGGACAUUCUCGGGGAUGGUCACAGUCUUCUGUAGCCGACUCGGCUGGAAGAACUUGGAGCUACUCCUCUCGCAGUUCCAGAGUCGACUCUCGUUUGGCGUGGAACGGGAACUCUGUGACCUUGUCAGGGUAUCUCUGGUGAAUGGGUUCAGAGCAAGAGCCCUGUACAACGCAGGUUUUCACUCCCUCUCUGCCAUCGCAUCUGCGAAUCCACUCGCUGUCGAACACUGCCUCAGAAACGCAGUUCCUUUCAAGAGCUCCAAAGGAAUAGUUACUACUUUUGGAGACCACAGCGACAAUCGGGGCACUAUGUGGUGUGCGAGACUGAGGCGGGGCAUGACAGAGUUUGAGGCUGCCAGGGAGAUAGUGCACGAGGCACAGAGGAUCCUGUCAGAGCAAAUGAACAUUCCUCUUGGUGCUUGGAAAACAAUGCAGGCUGUCCUUCCCAGUGUUGAUCCAGCUGGUGGCGAUGAGAUAAAGAAGGAGAGACCUAUAGAACCUCCUAGCAGUAAGAGAAUCAAAUCCUCUACCACAGGGGACCAUAAACUGACAGAUAUCGGUGAUGUAGCAGUACAUGUGGUGGAUUCAUCCAGUGACAAACCCUCAUCCACCUUCAAAACACCAAAGAAUCCAAGAAAGAUAUUGUGUAGAAGAAAGACGGCAACCAAGAUUGAGACUAUAAAGUUUACAUCAUCUCCCAUCAUAGCGUUGUCUAGAGUGACAACCUCCUCCCCUCGACCAUCAACACCAACCGGUAACAAUUAUCGAGAGACCCCCCAAGUCCCACUUCUUGGAACAGAUGUUAGAGAAGAUGACAGCAUUAGUUACUCACCACUGUUUUCACCAGACUCUAGCGGAAUCUUCCAGAAUCCGUCACGUGAUCUUCUUCACACUCCUCUCCCUCUGCAAUACUUUCAACACAGCUCUUCACCUCUCUCCCAGAACAAAGUGGCUGAUACAUCUCAUCCAGCAAACUGGAAGACACCAGUGCUGUAG